AUGGCUGAGGGAGAAGUGCCAAUGUUUGAUGAGACAACGAUAAGAGCUCAAAGAGCAGCGAGCAAUGGAAACUGGAGAUUGUUCAGGAAAAUCUUGGAGAAAGACACGAAGCGUUUGCUGGAGCCUUUUGACUUGUUUGGGAACACUCCCGUUCACAUUGCAACACGUUCCAACAAUCCACGGUUUCUCCAUGAGUUGUUGGAAGUGCUGAGUGUGAAGGAGAGGUGGUAUUAG